GAUCACCACAGAAAUAAGAAGUUACCAAAAAAAUGGAUUUCUUGAAGAACAACGCGGCGGAAGAGGCGCGGUGCCAGACGGCGAUGACCGUGAAGAUGGCGUCGAUAGCCGUCUACGCCUUGGGCUUCUUCCUCGCCAUGGUCCUCUGCAACUUCGUCCACUUCCUCCUCCGCCCUCUCUCUCAACCCCGCAUCGUUUCCGAAGCCAUGGUAGGGUUGUUUCUGAGUAAUCUCCCGCCUGUACGCAGGUCUUUAGACGACGACGAGAUCCACGAAACCUUAAACUACAUCGUCGACGCAAUCAUGAUCUGUCACAUGUUCGUGGUGGGCCUAGAGAUCGACCCCAACAUUUUCCUCCACCUCCACCUCCCGGAGACGAAGGUGGCGUACUCCGGCGUCCUCUUCGCCUUCGUGCUCUCCAACUUCCUCGUCCCCCUCCUCAACAUCUCCACCGCCUCCGACAUCAUCUUCAACGUCUGCCUCUCCCUCAUCCUCUCCGCCACCGCGUCCCCGCUCCUCACCCGCCUCAUCACCGACCUCAAGAUCGGCAAGUCCGACAUCGGCCGCUUCGUCGUGGCGGCCGGGGUCCACUCCGACGUCGUCUCCACGCUGCUCAUCUCCGUCGGGUACAUCGUCUUCGACCCGCUCAACAACUUCGAGACCCGCGACGCGAGGAGCGUCGUGAAGAUGAUGACCACACUCAUGUUCCAGACGGUCCUCGCGUCGCGGGCGGUCCCCCUGGUCAUGAACUGGGUGAACCACGAGAACCCGGAGGGGAAGUCCAUGAAGGGGUCCCACCUGGUGGUCGCCAUCGCGUUCGUCCUCCAUCAGUUUGGGGCCUCUCACUGGCAAACCUGGGUGAACAUAGUUGUGUUGUUCUUGAUUUCAACCGUCGGAAAAGUUCUUGGGUGUUUGGUCUCCGGCGUGAUCUUGGGUUUUAAUUGGCCGGAAUCGGUAGCAAUCGGUUUGCUUCUCAACAUCAAGGGCCAUUUUCAAGUCUUCUUAGCCAUUGUUGCCUCAGUUAUGAAAUUCACGAGCGUCUCAUUUGGGUUGUCGACGGUGUUCGUCAGCUUUCUAACGAUAGUCUACACCCCAUUGGUGGUGGCGAAGAUCAUAAAGUGGGCCCGGAAGCGGUCCCCGACGCAAAGAAUGGCCCUCCAGUGGCUGAACGCGGCAGACGAGCUCCGGAUCCUCCUCUGCCUGCGUGGCAAGCAGAACGUGUCGUGCGCGAUCAACCUGAUGGAGAUCUCGCGCGGCGCGCCCGACCCGGGGAUCAUGAUCUACCUGACCGACAUGAUCGAGCUGACCGACCGGGUGGCCGCCACCGUGACCAGCGGGAACACCGACGUGGUCACCGUCACGGACCCGGAGGUGGUCCAGAUGAGGGAGGAGAUCAAGUGCUCCGUGGAGGAGUACAUCUCGGAGCUGGGGAACAGCGAGGGCAUAAAGGUCAAACAAAUGAUGGCGCUCUCGACACUGAACAGCAUGCACCAGGAUGUGUGUAUCCUCGCCGAGGACCUUAUGGUCCAUUUGAUCGUUAUGCCGUUUCACAAGAACCCCACGCCCGACGGGAAGCUCGACGCGGGCCACGCAGGGUUCCGCCACGUCAACCGGAAGGUUCUGAGGCACGCUCCGUGUUCCGUGGGAAUCCUCGUGGACCGAGGGCUGGGCGCGACGUUGUUGGUUGCUGGAUCUAAGCUGCACGCCGCCGUUAUCUUCAUCGGCGGUAAAGAUGAUAGGGAGGCUCUAUCAUAUGCAGGGCGGGUGGCGAAACAUCCGGAUGUGAAACUGACGGUGAUAAGGUUUUUGCUGGAGGCGACGGGCCGGGACGGAGACAGCGUGGCAUCAAGAAUAAACAAAGCGAAGGCCAACACGGCGGAGCACCAGGAGGAGAUGAAGCAGGACGACGAGUGCUUCGCGCAGUUCUACGACCGGCACGUGGCGGGCGGGCGGGUGGCGUACCGGGAGAAGUACCUGUUGAACUCCGGGCAGACGUUCUCGACGUUGCGGUCACUGGAGGGGCAGUACCAGCUGUUCAUCGUGGGGAGGGGCGGCGGGAGGGUCAACUCGGUGCUCACGGUGGGGAUGAACGACUGGCAGGAGUGCCCGGAGCUGGGCCUCGUCGGGGAUAUUCUCUCCGCCUCCGCCACCGCCUCUGUUUUGAUAAUCCAGCAACAUAGCUUCAAGGGAGAACUUGAUGGUGUUCAAGAUGAAUUCUCCAUUAUGUGAACCUACCUACUAUUUGUUUUUUCAAUUUUCCCCAUUGUGAAGUAGUCCAUUAAAUAUACAAUAUAAAGUAUAAUUUGAAAUUCAAUUAAAAUUUAAAGAGAAGAAUGAUUAGAAAUCUCACUAAAUAGGACUAAAACAU